AUGGCAGCACUGGCCGAUCCCAGACGGACUGAGCCGCUGGAUGUCUCCACGGACCUCAACAACCCCGACCGCAGCCGCCGCCGCGUCGCGUACUUCUAUGACCACGAUGUUGGCAACUACCACUUCUCCCUCCCACAUCCCAUGAAGCCGCACCGCAUCCGCAUGACGCACAAUCUCGUCAGCAACUACGGUCUCUGCGAUGAGCAAGAAUACGACGCCCCGGACGAGGUGGGAGAGGGCGCGCGCGCCAUCAACGACCCCACUGCCAGCAUGGACGUGGAGAUGCAAGAGGCUGCCAAAUGGGAGCGUCGUAUCAUGAACGGGCCCCGAGGCAAGGCUAUGCAGGUUUUUAGGCCUCGCCGCGCAACCAAGACGGACAUGACCAAGUUCCACACCGACGAGUAUAUUGACCUCCUGGAGGCUGUGACUCCUGAGACUGCUGAGGCGCUGACGGGCGGCGGUACGAGGUGUCUCACCGGUGAGGACUGUCCUGCGUUCGAGGGUGUUUUCGAAUUCUGCUCCAUCUCUGCUGGUGGAUCCCUCGGCGCCGCCGAGAAGCUUAACUCUGGCCAUGCGGACGUGGCCGUCAACUGGGCAGGUGGCCUGCACCAUGCGAAGAAGUCGGAGGCUAGUGGAUUCUGCUACGUCAACGAUAUUGUCCUUGGCAUUCUUGAGCUGCUCCGCAUCCACCCGCGCGUGCUCUACAUUGACGUCGACGUGCAUCACGGCGAUGGUGUGGAGGAGGCAUUCUACACGACAGACCGCGUAAUGACCUGCUCCUUUCACCGUUUCGGCCAGUUCUUCCCCGGCACGGGAGACGUUCGUGACACAGGCAUCAAGCGCGGCAAGGGCUACGCUGUCAACGUCCCGCUGCGCGAUGGUAUCACAGACGCCAACUACCACUCGGUGUUCAAGCCUGUCAUUAAGCAGAUCAUGGACACGUUCCGACCGGGCGCGGUCGUCUUGCAACUUGGCGCAGACUCGCUGUCCGGUGACAAGCUCGGUGGCUUUAACCUCACUCUUGAAGGUCACUCGAUGUGUGCGCGCUACGUGCGCUCCUUCAACGUCCCUGUGAUGAUGGUUGGCGGUGGCGGUUACACCAUCAAGAACGUAUCCAAGGCGUGGACCAAAGAGACCUCGAUCAUGUGUGGCGUCGAGCUGCCAGAAGAUCUCCCCUUCAACCGCUACAUGGAGUACUUUGGCCCAAGGUACAAGCUCGAGGUCCUUCCUACCAACGUGGAUGACCACAACCCACCAGAGUUUAUUGAGGCAUUGAAGCGCCAGGUGUUUGAGAACCUGCGUGAGCUCCCUCAUGCACCCAGUGUGCAGAUGCGCGAGGUAUCCAGCAAGCCGCUCUCCAGAGUUCUGGGUAUCAGCAAGGACGAGGACGACGACGACCCGGACAACGAGCUCGACCAGCGCAUUAGAAAAAUAUUCCGCCAGCGCAACGGCGGGGGCGAGGAGUCUGAAUCUGACUCUGACUCGGAUGUUGGAGCCCACGCUCACCGCAAUCGGAGCCGGCGGCAAGGCGGUCUGUCCUUGCGUCCUAACCCACGCCCACGUGUCAAUGGUUUCCCGUCGUCCAAGCGCCAGGCCUCAAUGUCGCCAGACGGGAGCGAGCCAGACGGGCGUCGAAAGCGCACGUUCUUCUCAUCGCGUGUCGGCGACGGGACGUGGGACCCGACGAUGUUACUCAACGGCGGCAAGGCUCCUGAAGACGAGUUAGUCAACGGUGUCAAGCCCAAGUUAUUCGGCGGUAUUCCCGAGACAUGGAACGUCGGGCGUACAAGUCGCGCAGGAAGCCCUAUGAGCGUUACCUAG